AUGCAUCUUCUCGUCACCGGUGCCGCCGGAUUUAUCGGCAGUCACACCGUCUUGGAACUUCUGAAUUCCGGCUACACCGUUCUAUGCAUCGAUAAUUUCGCCAACGCGAUUUCCGACGAACACGGAAACGCGAUUUCAUUGAAGAGAGUCGCCGAGAUUACUGGAAAGGAAGUUCCAUUCCAGAAUGUUGACGUGUGUGAUGAGAAAGCGUUGGAGAAGAUCUUCGCCGAGAAUAAAUUCGACGGAGUCAUCCAUUUGGCAGCUCUGAAGGCUGUCGGAGAGUCUGUGGCCAAGCCACUUCAAUAUUAUUCCAAUAAUUUAGUUGCUAGCUUGAAUUUGAUUCAGAUGUGCCUAAAAUACAACGUGAAGAACUUUGUGUUCUCCUCCUCGGCCACAGUCUAUGGUCCACCAUCAGAGCUUCCAAUCACUGAGAAGUCUCAAACAGGACAAGGAAUCACCAACCCAUACGGACAGACGAAAUACAUGAUGGAGCAGAUAUUGAUUGACGUCGGAAAAGCGAAUCCAGACUGGAAUGUAGUUCUUCUCCGUUAUUUUAAUCCAGUGGGAGCCCACAAGUCAGGAUUAAUUGGAGAGGAUCCAAAGGGUGUUCCGAAUAAUUUAAUGCCAUAUGUCAGUCAGGUGGCUAUUGGGAAACUACCGGUAUUGACUAUCUAUGGAGAUAAAUUUGAUACUAUCGAUGGAACUGGUGUACGGGAUUAUAUUCAUGUCGUAGACCUCGCCAAGGGACAUGUUAAGGCUUUCGAUCGUAUUAAGACCGUCGGAAACGUUGGAACCGAGAUCUACAACUUGGGAACUGGAGUUGGAUAUUCUGUCAGACAAAUGGUCGAUGCUCUCAAAAAAGUCAGCGGAAGAGAUAUUCCGGUCAAGAUCGGUGUCCCCCGUCCUGGUGACGUGGCCUCCGUCUACUGUGACCCAUCACUCGCCCACGAAAAACUCGGCUGGCGUGCCGAGAACGGUCUCGAAGAGAUGUGUGCGGAUCUCUGGAAUUGGCAGACAAAGAAUCCACAAGGAUUUUCAGCAUAA